UGAUGCUCCAGAGUCGGUUCGAAGAGGCAUAGAGCGCCUCGCCUAGGCGCAGAGAGAGGCGUUUACUGCUAAGCAGGUAAAGGAGGAGCGACUACAGGAGACUACAGAGCGCGCUCUACAGUUGCAAGCGGAGCAGGCGGAGAAGGCGGAGCAGGCGCUACAGGCGCUGCGAGCACUACAAGCAGAGCGAGCAGAGCGGGUUAAACGUGCGGAGCAACCCCCUAAGCAGCACCCCGCGGAGCAUCCUCCGCACGCUAAACACGCGGCCAGUAAGCCUCCGCUCGCUCAACACGCGGCUAGUAAGCAACCCGCGCCUACUAAUAGAGGGUGGGACCGCUCCGCAACUAACGCAACAGUCCGCCGACUUGGUGAUAAUAAGCGCCAGAGGAUGGUGAAGCAAUCAAACACCUCACAGGCUAUGCCACCAUUCACUAUUGGCAGUGUUGUAGGCGCGAAGGUACCUGAAGCGGACCAGCGGGGUACUCCGCAGAUGUUAAUCGGAGUUAUCCAUAAGGUAAUUAGUCAGAUGUAUUCUAUAAGAACACCCUUCGGUAUUCUUAAUCGACCUUUCCCUCCGCACAAGCUGGCCCUGCUACAACCCGCCCAGCGCCCUAAUCAUCUUGAUACCCCUAAGGCGAAUCAGCGCAUCUCAGUACGCCAAGCAACACAGCAAAAUGGCCUCUCUCUUGGCAUAAUUGCCCCCAGUUGCCAGUGUACGCGAGGGUGUAAUAACAACAGGUGUGUUUGCCGAAAGGAGGGUCGAGAAUGUAGUAUCAGGUGCUAUAGAGGGAGCCAGUGCUCGAACCCACCGCAGCAGGGUGAGUCCUCUAUAGGAGCAGCGGGUGAAGCAGCGGGCAGAGUAGUACGCGGAGUAGCACGCGGAGGACGUAGCGGGCGUGGCGGGCGUGGCGGGCGUGGCGGGCGUGGAGGAGGGUCCUCUACAGUAGCAGAGGCACCUGCUACUGCAGAGGCACCUACUACUGCAGAGGCACCUGCUACUGUAGAGGGACGCGGAGGACGCCGAGGACGCGGUGGGCGCGUAAGACGAGGCAGUGGGGUGGCCCGGGACGGUGGCACAACGCGUUCGGGGCGGGUGAGCAGGCCAACAGCGCACGCGCGCGGUGACGAUUGAGGUGUUUUUAGCACUUUUUUUUUGCGGAGUUGUAGAUGGUUCGUGAUAUUUAGUAGUCUUCUUUUUCUCCAAUAUUCUCCGAGUUUUUU